CUAACCUAUACUGACCUUACAACAAUUACAAUUUUACAAUCUGCGUUAUGUUUUGACUUUGUCUUUAAAAAUUUAACAAUUUAUUUAAAAGUUUGUUGUUAAAAUUAAUGAGAAACUUGUUCUAAUCGUCAAAUAAUCAUGUCUGAGGAUGAAAGAACAAUUUGGUUGGGGAAUUUAAAUAGUGAAAAAGUUACAGAAGAUGUUCUGUAUGAGCUAUUUUUACAGGCUGGGCCACUAGACAGAAUUCAUAUUCCAAAGGAUCGUGAGGGAAAGCAGCGAAAUUUUGCGUUUGUAACAUAUAAACAUCUGGUUUCAGUACCUUAUGCUGUAACAUUAUUCGAUGGAACAAUGCUAUUCAACAGACAAGUUUAUAUGAAAGCGAGAAGUAAUGAAGCGCAACCAAAUACUAAUUCCGCUGAACAAAAUCAUCAUUAUCAAAAUGAAUUAAUUCAACUUGGAAAUCAAAUGCUUCAAUGUAUACCAAAUCCAUCAUUAGUUUACGGGAAUUUUCCUAGUCCGCCAAUGUUAAUGCAGCAGCCGAAUCAAUUUAUCCCUCAACAAUUCUAUUACAAUGAGGAAAGAAGAUCUCAACAAAAUUAUGCACAUCCUUAUCAGCGGGAGCCGGAGAGAAAUAAAGGCCGAUACAACAACGAUCCUGGACACGAGAAAAGAAGAGACAACUAUUCUUCGUCCCACAGAAAUAAUUAUAGAGAAAAUCCUCAUUAUUCUCAAAGACAUGGUGGAAAUCGACAUGAAAAUAGCAGUCGAGAAAGUAAUAAUCGUCAAGAAAGUAGUAGUCGACACGAUAGAAGGUAUUACAGAUCUUAAAUUACAUGAUUCAAUAAUACUUCUACAUUUUCUAUAAUUUGAUUUAAAAAUUUGCAAACGUUUCUCAAAUCUUACUAGAUUUAAAUUUCUCAUUUUAAAUUGCAAGAAAUUUUUGUUCAUUUUUGCAAUAGUUAUUAAGUUAAUAUAUUCAUUGAAAUUCAUUGUCUUGAAAUUAGUUUAUUAGUAAGAAAGAAAGAUAUUUAACAAUUUUUUUACUACGUUUUUUAAACUUUAAAUGUAAAGCUCGUCACAAUGUUUCUUGUAUAUUUGUUUCAAAAGAUAGGAACAAGACAAUAGUUUGAGAAUUCUCUUCAACAAAUUUUAUAUUUCUAUCUUGAAAACUAAAUAUAUAUAAAUUUUGGAAAUUAAAAUAUAUAUCUAUUUUCCUUUUUUUGGUAAUCAUUGUUAAAUAUUUCUGCACUUGUUGGAAAAUUGUAAAAAAGAAUUUGCUCGAUUUAAUAUGUAAGACUUGCUGUGCAAAAAGCAAUUGUCAAUAAAAGAAAAUUAUUUUUCAUUAAAA